CGGGUUAAGCUUCACAGAGGUGGGAGUGGGAGUGGCUAUUCCGUAGACAGACACUGGAUACCUCUACCCAGGUCUCUGCCUACAUGCAUGGAGUACUCCAUCCAUCCACUACCAAGGAUGGAGUAAUACUAGCUGUACGAGUAUAGGUCGUGCUCCAACAUAACAUCGGGUAACAUUGCAGCAAACCCAGCCGGAGGACAGGACCGGACCCCGGCAGGCUAAUCACUGGCCUUGCUGUCUCGGCUCGGAACAAGGCGUACUGUGCUGUGGUCGAUUGUAUUAAACCCGGCCAUCUCCCUUCGCUUCCUCCGUCCGUCUGUUCUGUUCCUCUCCAGCAAGGCUCAUUCAUUCUUCCCCAGGAUCCAAAGGAAAAAGGAAAAAGCCCGUUCAAGAUGCUGUCCAAGGUUGUCUCUCUGCUGGCAGCUGCCGGCCUGGCCUCUGCCGCCGCCGUCGACAAGAGCCACUGCAAGCCUCCUAAGACCACGACUGCAUGGGAGUCUCAGUACACUGCCACCGGCACUGCUGCUGUCGCCGCUGCUGCUGCCACGGCCAAGACCACCAGCCCGACCAGCCACGUCAAGGGCAAGGCCUUUGACCGCUUCGUCGUCAUUUACUUUGAGAACCAGGACUACAGCAAGGCUGAUGGUGACCCCAACUUCACCUGGUUCGCCAAGAAGGGUGUCAAGUUGACCAACUACUAUGGUGUCACUCACCCUUCCGAGCCCAACUACAUGGCCGCCAUUGCUGGUGACUACUUUGGCAUGCAGAACGAUGACCUGCACUCCACCGACUUCAACGUGUCGACCAUCAUCGACCUGCUCGAGGACCGUGGCAUCUCUUGGGGCCACUACCAGGAGGACAUGCCCUACUCCGGCUACGAGGGCUUCCAGUACGUCAACACCAAGACUGGUGCCAACGACUACGUCCGCAAGCACAACCCCGCCAUCCUGGCCAGCAGUGUCACCCACUACGAGCAGCGCCUGUCUCAGAUCAAGAACCUGUCCAUGAUCGACACCAGCCGCUCCAUGUUCCACAAGGACCUCAAGGAGAACAAGCUGCCCCAGUGGAUGUUCAUCACCCCCAACAUGACCUCUGACGGCCACGACACCAACGUCGGCGUUGCUGGCCAGUGGUGCCGCGCUUUCCUCGAGCCCCUCCUCAACAACAAGAACUUCAUGGACAACACCCUCGUCCUGCUCACCUGGGAUGAGAACGAGACCUACGCCCAGCGCAACCAGAUUCUCGCCAUCCUGCUCGGCGACGCCCUCCCCAAGCACCUCGCCGGCACCACCGACAACAACUUCUACAACCACUACAGCGAGAUUGCCACCGUCGAGGCCAACUGGAACCUCCACACCCUGGGCCGCUGGGACGUCGGUGCCAACGUCUUCGACCUGGUUGCCAAGCAGACUGGCGACCGCCUCCGCAAGUGGUCUUCCACCAAGCUGGCCAACAGCUACUUCUGGAACGCCUCUUACGCCGGUAUCUUCAACGAGGAGGGCGGCAGCAACAACGCCCAGUACCCUGCUCCCAACCUGGCUCUGGACCGCAGCUUCUCUGGCCGCACCAUCCUCCCCUCCAUCAAGGACACCUGGAAGCACAGCAAGCUUCCUACCUACUACGAGGACACCAUUGAGCUCCCCGACGGCCUGAACCCUCCCAAGGGAUACAAGCCCGUCUCCACCAACUAAGUGUUGGUCUUGGGUUUUCACCUCGUUUGAUAAUAUAAUAUAAUUUUUAACUACUUGAAUUAUUGGAAUUGGUGAAUUUGGGAGAGGAUGCUUGUCCUGCUAGGAUAGGUUUCAGAAGACCUAGGUAAAAUGAACAAAAGAAUUGUACAUACGCG